UUUUAAGUAAACAUUAUUACAGUUUUAAUAAUAGGGGAACACGGGGUUUUGAUGCACAUCUCAAUAAAAGUUGUACACUAGUAGUUUUUAGAUUAAAGAUGUCAAUAACAAAAAUAAUCGUCUCGCCCAGUUUAGUAUGUAAACAAAAUUUUAAAUCGUUAUUUUCAUUGUAAACUACCUACGAAAGAAAGCAAGAGUGAGUGACAUAAAAUUAUUAUUUUUCCAAAACCCUUUAAAUAAAAUAUUUUUAAGCUUAUAGUUAUACGAUUUUAAGAUAGAUAUACAGAAUGACUAUUUUAUCUUAACCCAUAAUAACUAAUACAACGUAAUUUAACUUUAUUUGUUUAUUAGAUAAAAACAUUUAAAGUUUCAUAUUUUUGAGCUAAUAUACAUGUAUAAUAUGCAAAGGAUUACAAUUGCAGGUAGCUAAUUUCUUUUUUAUGACGUCGCUUAUUCACAGUUAUGGAGUGUUUAUUGUAACUAACGACUUAAUCUACAGAAAUGCUUAAAGUGUAGUUGUAAGACCAAUGUGUCUCACUUUAGCACAUCUGUUGAUUAAAUCUUGAAUUACAAUAAACGCUCCAUAUCUGUGAUAGCGAUAUCAUAAAAAAGCCAAUUAGCUACCAAUAUUUGUAAUCCCUCGUGUAUAAUACAGUGUUAAAUAGACCGAUCAAUAUGGAAAACCGAUUGGUCCACGUGUAUACUCUGCACAAUUUAGUCGGUAUACCGAAUAGUGUACGCAAAUUUGUUAAGGAAGCAUAUGCUCAUCAUUGAUAAAUUGGUAGUCGACUCACUUUACGACAAUGAAAACGACCGAUUAUUAUAAACGAAUGUUAUCGACGUCAGAGGCCAAUAAGAGCACUGUUACGGCGUGCUCUAUUGUAUGAGUAUUAUUAUGAUUUUUUUUUAUUAUUAUAUUGUGAUAAGCGAACGAUUGGUUUUACUCAGCGGAGAAAAACCAGUCUCCUAAUAAACGCCCACUAUGUACAUAUAGAAAAGGUUCUUGUUAUUAAUUUAUAGUUAAGCGACCUAAUUAAUAUUAUUAUCGUAAAUAGUUAAAAUACAGUCCACAGUCGUAACAUUUGGUCCAAUUACGUGCCGGAUCAGUUUAUGUAAAGUGCGUUUUAAAUACGAUCAUAUCGUAUUUUCGUGGUACUGAAUAAUAUUUUAAUACAUCGUGUAGUAUCGUGGUACUAAAUAAUAUUUUAGUACAUCGUGUAAUAUCGUGUAUAUUUGACAAAUAAGUGUUAUUAUAAUCGUAAUAUUAUAGUAAGGGAGUCGUAGACGGGAUAAUUCGUAUUCGUCAAGUAUCAAGUUUGGAUAAUUAGGUGACCAACCCGUCCAUUUCGAACAUUUUCUCUCGAGAAAAAACUGCUGGAAGAGAGAAAAUAUUGUCAAGGUAACAGAAUUACAUUCUUUUCCUAAGUAUCGUUAUAUAUUAAAAAAAAGAAAAAAGAAUUCCCUAUUCGUUAAGCACGCUUUUGUUUGGCUAUUUAAUAAUAGCGUUUGUUGUAAAAAAAAAAAAGAGAGAAAAAUCAGGGGAAAUUGCAAUAGUAUUUAUUAUUAGUAGUAUGUUAGACCGCACUGAUAAACAGUCGGAAUAGUAAAUUUAUUAUCGGUAUAUGUAUAGUAGCGAUAAAAGUAGUAGGUAAAGUAAGGUCAGGGGGUAAUCAUCGAUUUGCUUCAUUUCUCUAUAAUGGCCCCUACAAAUGAUUCAGCGUCACUUACAGUAAGAAGAGGUCAAUUAAAGGCUACGUUAACGCGAUUUGUGACUUUUAUACAUGGGGAAACUAUCGAUAAAUAUCAACUUAGGAUACGAAGAGAAAAGUUAGAAGAUACGUGGAAUGAAUUUCAACAAGUCCAGUCUGCCAUGGAAGACGAGGCAGAUGAAGUAAAAAAUAAUAAUGAGAAUUUUCCAUAUCGGAUAGAGUUUGAGGAUACUUAUUUUAAAGCAGUAGCGGAGGCAGAGAAAGUAUUAAACCCUAUAAUUCAGCAAGGUCUUGUACAAACAGCGCAAAAUACAGGAACUACUUCGACGCAAUCGACAAUUAAUUUAGCUGCAUUAAAUAUACCAACUUUUAGUGGCAAAUAUGAAGAUUGGUCAGCCUUUUUUGAUAUGUUUCAACGCCUAGUACAUUUUAAUGCGGAGAUAACGCCAGUUCAAAAAUUCUUUUAUUUAAAGUCAUCAUUAAAUGGAGAAGCAGCUAGUAGUAUUAGAUGCAUUGAAACAACGGACGCAAACUAUGAGGCCGCUUGGACUACAUUAAUUGAACGUUAUAAUAAUAAAAAGGUGUUAGUUCAAAGACACGUCCGAAAUAUUGUCGAGUUAGAACCGUUACAAGAUAGUACUGCCAGAAGAUUACGUAUGUUAAUAGACGACUUAAAUGGUAAUAUGAAAGCUUUAGAAACUUUAGGCGAAAAACCAGGAGAUUGGGGCCCUUUACUGUUGCACAUAGUGUGUUCAAAGCUGGAUCGAGAAACGCUGAAGUCGUGGGAGAUAAAAUCAUCCAAGGAUAAAGUACCAACUGUUAAGGAAUUAACAACAUUUUUAGGCGAACGUUUUCAGAUAAUGGAAUCCAUAGAAUCUUCGCAAUGCAGUAAUAAUUAUUUAUCAACUGUUGACAGGAAAAGUAGUUUUAUAAAACAUGUGAACAAUCAUCGUAAAUUAACGACUCGGUCAAAUACUCUGAUAACUACUGCCAUUAAAUGUUAUGUUUGUAAUCAACCGCAUACAAUAUAUAAGUGUCCGUCGUUUAUUGCGUUAUCGGUAGCCGAGCGCAUAUCUAAGGUGAACACAAUAGGCUUGUGUAAAAUUUGUUUACGAAAACACGAUAAAAUAAAAUGUUUUGGUAAAUAUUGUCUGAAGUGUAAUAAUCCCCAUAAUACGUUGUUGCAUUUAAAUAAAAGUGUAGUAUCCAAUCGGCCUGAAACCCAAACAGAAAAUAAUUCAAGUGAGACAGCCACUACUAUUUCGACCACUGCACAUGUAUCUAAUACUUUAGAUCAAGUUUUGUUAGCGACAGCACUAGUACAAGUCAGCAAUUCUAUUGGCCAAACGUCCGUAGCAAGGGUGCUACUUGACUCAGCAUCAAUGAACAACUUUAUUACAGUAGAGUUAGCUAAUAGUUUACGGUUAAAAAGACAAAAAAUUAAUCAUAUGGUUUGUGGUAUAGGGCAAACGACCCAAAGUAUUUCGUCAACGGUUGAAUUAAAAAUAAAAUCGCGUAAUAGUGACUUUCAACUAUUCACUCGAUUAUUGGUGGUGCCAAAGAUAACGGGGGAGUUGCCUAUGAAGAAAAUCGGAGAUGAUAAAAACACGCCCGCUGGAGUUACCUUAGCGGACCCAUUAUAUAAUGUGCCGCAACCAGUUGAUAUUUUAAUUGGAGCUAGCCAUUUUUUCAAUUUAAUCGGUAAAAAACAGUUUAAGAGUGCAGAUAAGGGACUUAUUUACCAAGAAACUGAGUUUGGUUUUGUUGUAUCGGGUGCCAUACCUAGUACUAGCAUACUUAAUAAAUCGACAUCAUGUGUUGUUUCUGUAGAUGAUUCAAUAAAUGGUGGGGUUUUAGAAAAUUUAAUACAGCAGUUUUGGCACAUCGAAGAAUGUAAUCUUGUGGUUCCAUACACGGCUGAAGAAAAGGCAUGUAAAAAAAUAUUUGAAAAAACGGUAAUUAGAGAUGUCACAGGACGUUUUAUGGUACACCUGCCGUUCAAGGAAAAUGUAAACCAGUUGGGUGAAUCUUAUAAAAUUGCAAAAAGAAGAUUACUGUCCAUGGAAAAAAGAUUUCGUAGGGAUCCAGGACUAAAACGAAGAUAUGUCAAAUUUAUAAGAGAGUACGAGAAUUUGAAUCACAUGGAAAGGUUAGUGGUUAAAUCAACAGAUGUACCGGGAAAAAUUUGCUAUUUACCACAUCAUGGUGUAUAUAAUGAAAAUAGUAUUACUACCAAAUUACGUGUAGUAUUUGACGCUUCAACAAAAACCGAAAGUGGAAUUAGUUUAAAUGACACUUUGUUAAAAGGGCCAACGGUUCAGGAAGACUUAAUUUAUAUAUUAACGCGUUUUAGAACUCAUAAUUAUGUUUUAACCGCCGAUAUAAAAAAAAUGUACCGACAAAUAUUAGUCGUAAAUAAACAUUGGGAUUAUCAGCGUAUUUUAUGGAGAGAAGAAGAAAAUGAACCGAUAAGUGUAUACCGUUUAAAUACUCUGUCUUAUGGAACGGUACCUGCCUCGUAUAUUGCCACGGGUUGCUUAAAGAUAUUGUCGAUAACUGAACAAAACAGGUUUCCCAGUGCUGCCGCCGCUAUAGGUUGCGAUUUUUAUAUGGAUGAUUUUUUGAGUGGUGACGUAUCGCAGGCGGCAACUACUGAAUUACGUGACGGGCUUAUCAAAAUACUGUCAGCAGCCGGUCUUGAACUAGGCAAAUGGUCGUCGAAUGAAUCGUCGUUGAUAAAUAGUGUGAAUGGCAUUGAAAAGAAUUUAACCCAAUUACCUGAUAUAAAUAAUUCGAUAACAAAAAUACUAGGUUUGUGCUGGGACUCGCAUAAAGAUAUGUUGCAGUACAAAAUCGAGAUAAAUAAAAAUUUAACUGCCGAGAUUCUCUCCAAGCGUAAUAUUUUAUCGGAAAUUGCUCGAAUUUAUGACCCGUUAGGGCUGAUCGGUCCAGUAAUCAUAAAGGCUAAAUUAAUAUUACAAAGUCUAUGGAAGGAACGUAUUACAUGGAAUGAGCCAAAAUCCUAA